AUGGGAAAGGUCCACGGAUCCCUCGCUCGUGCCGGAAAGGUCAAGUCUCAAACUCCUAAGGUAAGCCUACCCAUGUCGAUAAGCCGUUGCGACCGAAGGCCCAUACAUCAAACGGCGAUAGUUGAGCCUCAAGAGAAGAAGAAGACCCCCAAGGGCCGCGCGAAGAAGAGACUCACAUACACCCGCCGCUUCGUAAACGUCACCAUGACUGGUGGCAAGCGCAAGAUGAACCCCAACCCAACCUCAUAAGCCAAGCAUGAGAGGGAGGCCAAACGAAAUGAGCACGAUGAGCUAGAGAAUACGGUCAUGAAUUCGGUUUCCUCGGGAUGGCUAUGACUCUGGAUCAGAGUGAGUGGGAAUCACGGACGUCGCCACGGCGCGUUCUUUUGCAGCAGCACGAUCCCACACUUUGGGAGGAUGGGGGCAUAUUCAUGGCGUAAAUGUACAUUCGGCUUUCUGCACGGCUGCAUCACGAAAUCUAGCUGCUUGUGUUCCCAAUUUUGUGUCCCGAGCUGUGUUCUCGCC